CUUUGUGUUUGGCCGUCUGUAGCUCAUACAGAAGUUGGCAAGAAUGUGGCGACGAAGCGGGACAGCGUUGAGCCAGCGCCUGGCGCUGAGCGAGGAGGUAUCGGAGGCUCUGUACGGGCGCGUGAAGAAGCCCGUUGUAGCGCUCGAGUCCACAAUUAUCUCGCACGGCAUGCCGUUCCCGCAGAACCUGGAGAUGGCCAAGCACGUGGAAGAGAUCGUGCGGUCUCAUGGGGCCUGCCCCGCCACAGUCUGCAUUGCUGAUGGAUCGCUAAAGGUGGGACUGGCGGAGCAGGAUCUGACGCAGCUGGCGGAACUCGGCGCUGGGGCCAAAAAGUGCUCGACGAGGGAUAUCGCGGCCGCCGUCACGGACAAGAAGGUGGUGGGAGCCACCACCGUCUCCAGCACGAUGUGCGUCGAUCAAGCGGUAUAUAGAGCGAUGGCCAACGUGCUCUAACGAGGUAUUUGUGGUGUUUUAUUACAGGCGUAUCGCUCAUGCUGCAGGUAUCAAGGUGUUCGUGACAGGAGGCAUUGGAGGCGUGCAUCGCUUUUGUGAGGAGACCAUGGGUGCGUUGGGCUAUAUACUGGGAUAAUUGGGAGCACUGAUGGUUUAAUGUGCUGCAGACAUUUCGACGGACUUGAUGGAGCUGUCACGGACGCCUGUGGCGGUGGUGUGUGCCGGCGUCAAGUCCAUUCUCGAUAUCCCACGAACGCUGGAGUUCCUGGAAACCCACAGUGUACCAGUGAUCGGCUACAAGACGGACCAGUUUCCCGCCUUCUUUACGCAAGACAGCGGCGAGAAAGCUCACUUGCGCCGGGACACUUCUCAGGACAUUGCACGCCUGAUUCUCGAAAGUGAGGCUCUGGAGCUGCCGAAUGGCCACAUUAUCGCCGUCCCAAAUCCAGAACCUGUGCCUUCUGAGCUUAUCAAUGAGGCCAUUGAGCUUGGACUAAAGGAGGUUGCGGACAAGAAUAUUCAUGGCCAAGCCGUCACGCCCUACCUGUUGAAGCGCGUAAAUGAGAUCACGCAGGGUGUUUCUUUGACUUCAAACAUUGACUUAGUCAACAACAACGCCACUGUCGGCAGUCAGAUCGCAUGCGCACUGUUUGCCUUGGAAAAUGGAUAUGUAGUGGAUUCCUUAGCCAACUCCGUUGUUGAUUAUUCCCUGCCUGAUAAGAAACCUUCCAGCACAAGCAGCGGAAAUCGCGUUCUUGUUGUCGGUGGCCUCGUCUUGGACAUCAUUAGUUCUUCUACUUCGCCGCUUAUCCGCGGCACCUCCAAUAUCGGGACCAUCAAGCAGUCUAGCGGAGGUGUUGGAAGGAAUAUCGCUGAAUGUCUGCACCGGCUCAGACUUGAUCCGUUGCUCGUGUCGUCCAUUGGAAGUGACGCGUCGGGCUCCAUUCUCUUGGAGAAUUUGAAGAAGCUGGGCAUGAACACCAGUGGUAUCAGAAUCUCCGACAACCUUUCUACUGCUGUGUACUCUGCUGUGCUGGACUCCACUGGAGACAUGGACGCUGCGGUUGCAGAUAUGAGCGCGUUCGAGUCGAUUGAAAGCAAGGUUAUCUCCGACAAGGCGAUUGAUAAAGCAAAGCUUGUUAUCGCGGACGGGAAUUUGAUUCCAGCUACUAUCGGAGAUCUCUUCACACGUUGUGUCCAUCUUGGCGUCGAUACUUGGUUCGAGCCUACCUCUGUUCAGAAGGCUAUUCGAGUUGUCGAAGGAGGCGGCGUAUCUUCCAUGAAGUACAUGUCUCCCAACGCUGACGAGCUGCACGCGAUCAGCAAUGCCAUUCGUCAGGAAACAGAACUUUCAGCAGAGAACAAUGCAGCCCACGAACGGUUCCCACUCACUAAGGAAUCAGGCAUUAUUCCCCAGGAGGAGAUGGAACGACUGAAAAACGACCUCAUUACAACGCUACUCGCCAUGGCUGACGGUGACACUAAAAGACCUAAGCAUGUCAUGGUCACUCUGGGCAAAAAUGGUGUCCUAGUCGCCUCUAUCAAUAUGGCUGCAGACAACUUGCGUGAGAUCGUGGACGAUUGCGACUUUGACGUGGAAAUCUGGGGCAUGCAUCAUGUUCAUGGAGGCCACUCUGUCACAAUGGUCCACCUUCCCGGUAUAGAAAUUCCCGUUAAGAAUUGCACCGGAGCUGGUGAUAGCUUGGUUGGUGGAACGGUUUACGGCUUGUUGGAAGGAUACGAUAUACUCCAGAGCUGCCACAUGGGCAUGAUCGCUGCCCGUAAAAGUCUUGCAUCGGAGCAUGCCAUCAGUCCUGAAUUAGCGCCUCAAAUUUUGUAUUCAGAGCCCUGAACAUGAGAAGUACAAGUGAGGAUAAAGAGGAUUCUGAGGUUGAAGGCAAACGAUAUGAAGUAUCUGCAUUCUAUGCAUGGUACUCGUUGACAGGAACACGAUCUACCUUGUCUUCUUUACACGUUUCUAUUGCUGCUGGAACUCGCUCGCGAAUACGCUGAUGAGUCGCACGAGCUCCUUCUGCAGACCGUUGUCCUUCUUGGCGACGAACGCCUGCACGGCGCUUUGCUCGCUGGCAUUGUUGAGCUUCUUGGUCAGUCUACACGAGAUCUACACCACCAAAAACAAAGGAAUACGCUUAGUCCGACAACAGAUAAUACAAAACCCAACUACAUAUCGUACCUCG